AUGAACAAACUGCUCUAUGCCGGUGCCUCCUUGCCAACUCUGCCUGGGUCUCUGAGAAACUGUUAUAAGGCCGAUCCGAGAGUUCAGGCAGGUGCCUGUGAUCUCACACUGGACCCAAACAGAGUAAACAGAUUCCUCUCUCUGUCUGAGGAGAACAGAAAGGUGACACGUAGCGAAGAGGCUCAGCCGUAUCCUGAUCACCCAGAGAGAUUUGAGGACUGUGAACAGGUGCUGUGUAGAGAGGGUCUGACUGGGCGCUGUUACUGGGAGGUAGAGUGGAGUGGGAGUGGGACUGAUAUAGGAGUGACAUAUAAAGGAAUCAGCAGGAGAGAAGGGGGUGAUGAUGACUGUGUGCUUGGACAGAAUGACAAGUCCUGGAGUCUGAGCUGCUUUAACAACCGUUACACUGCCUGGCACAAUGAUAAUCACACUAACAUAGACGUCCCCUCCUCCAGCUCCCACAGAGUAGGAGUGUAUCUGGACUGGCCAGCCGGCACUCUGUCCUUCUACAGAGUCUCCUCUGACACACUGACCCACCUGAACACAUUCCACUCCACAUUCACUGAGCCCCUCUAUCCAGGGUUUCAGCUUUGGGAUGACUCCUCUUCAAUGUCACUAUGUCAUGUGGUCCCUGUGCCAAACACAUGA